CUCUCCAGGGUCCGUUUCCCUUCGGAGCCGAAACCCUAGCCGCCGCCGCCGCCGCCGAUCGCAAGUCGGCUCAGAUGGGUGGCAAGUGCCCACACCGCAAGGUCAAGAAGCGCCGUCUCUCUCACAAGACGGCGCGCCGCGGCAAGUUCCUCCUCAACGCCGACGACGCCGUCUACGACGAGCUCGUCAAGCUCGCCGACAAGGGGAAGGACUGCGAAGGCAAGGCUCUCCCCGUCGACGAGGACCUCCCCGGCAUGGGACAGUUCUACUGUCUCCACUGCGAUCGGUACUUCGCGGAUGAGACUGUGAAGGAGGAUCACUACCGCUCCAAGCGCCACAAGAAAAGGGUGAAGACAUUAUCUGGACCAGCCCCACACACGCAACUAGAUGCUGAUCUUGCUGCUGGAAUGGGAAUGCCUGACAAUGGCUUGAAGCUUAUGUCCACAUGAAAUCCGUACUAGUUGUUUGAUUUUCUCCUUGCUACCGUACAUCUGUACUAGCCCUCAUAGAUAAGUUAUGAGGCCGUGGCUGUUGGUCCAAGAGUACUUAAGAGUGUCUGUUUUACCUGCCUCAUGUUGUCCAACUUGUGUAUGGAUUAAAAUCAGUUACCGAUCAGCAUUCGUAAUAUAAUGUCUUCAUCAAUUAGCUCCA